UGACCAUCCGCGCCUCUCCUCCAAGCAGAAAAUGAGUCUCCAUUGCAAUUUUCUGACUUUUCUAAUUGUCAUUUUUGCUGUUAUGGCAUCCACGCAUUUAAUAAGUCCAAAGCCAUCAUUCCUCAAAAGUUUCGUUCAUUUUAGUCUCGACUUCUUCUCGUCUCCUUUUACAAUAUCAGUGCUCAUCCCCUACAGUUUAGGACGGCAUCAUCAUCAUCAUCACCAACACAAAAAACACCGUAAUGAGAGCAAAGUAGAAUCUAUUUGCGAUGAUUUUCCACCUGACUUUCCCCCUCCGGAGACCAACACAAGCUUGUAUAUUUGUGUUGAUCGAAAUGGGUGUUGUAAUUUUACGUCGGUGCAAGCAGCUGUUGAUGCAGCUCCGAAUUCAACCCUGAAAAGGACCAUAAUAUGGAUCAACAAUGGCGUUUACUUUGAGAAAGUCAAUGUUCCAAGAACCAAACCGAACAUAACGUUUCAAGGACAAGGCUAUACAUCAACUGCAAUUGCAUUCAAUGACACAGCCAAUUCUUCACAUGGCACAUUUUUUAGCGGCUCCGUUCAAGUUUUCUCCACUAACUUCAUUGCCAAGAACAUAAGUUUCAUGAAUGUAGCUCCUAUUCCUAGCCCUGGUGAUGUUGGAGCCCAAGCAGUAGCAAUCAGAGUAGCUGGAGAUCAAGCUGCGUUCUGGGGUUGUGGAUUCUUCGGAGCCCAAGAUACCCUUCAUGAUGAUAGGGGCCGGCAUUACUUCAAGGAUUGUUAUAUCCAAGGUUCCAUUGAUUUCAUCUUCGGCGAUGGAAGGUCACUGUAUGAGAAUUGCCAGCUGGUUUCGAUGGCAAAACCAGUACCCCCAGGAUUCAGAUACGUAAAUGGAGCUGUCACAGCUCAUGGCAGAGCUAUCCCGGACGAUAACACUGGCUUUGUGUUCGUCAACUGCAGCGUGGGAGGGUCUGGAAGAGUAUGGCUAGGCCGGGCAUGGAGGCCAUUUUCUCGUGUCAUCUUUGCCUACACAACAAUGUCUGAAAUCAUUGCUCCAGAGGGCUGGAACGAUUUCAACGACCCUGCGAGAGAUCAGACUAUAUUCUACGGAGAAUACGAUUGCUCAGGUCCUGGAGCUAAUAGGAGCAUGAGGGCUCCUUAUGUUCAGAUACUUAAUGACACACUGGCCUCUCCUUUCCUUAACAUGUCAUAUAUCGAAGGGGAUCAGUGGCUACAACCUUAUAAUUUAUAGGUUUAUAAUUUAUUUGUAAUAUGAUAAUCAAUCUAUCUAAAUUAAGUUAGACUACUAAAG